GCGUAAUCAGGCAAAAUUGAUAUUGAGCAGUAGCACUGCACUGCCACAGCACAGCACAAUAUCAGGAUAUUAUCGGGCGCAGGCGAGGAAAGCAAGAAAAAAGGAACAUCAGUGACGGCCGUGUUCGUUUGAAGUUUUCAUGAUGGAAGUUCUUUCUGUCUUUGCAAAGCAUAUGAAGUUGGCCUCUAUCCACCAGCUAUGUAACCGAUGUUACAGGAAUCUCGACAAAGAUGGGAUACUGAGAAGAGCUUUACAGACUAGCGUGGUCGGGAGACAAAACUGUUCUUCAAACGAAGGUCUAAAUCAUCAAGGAAUUUCAGUUUUGAAUGGGUCAAAGAUGUUGGGUCGUAGUCUUGUGUUGGUGAAAGGUCGCGAUGCUUCUGACCUCCUCCAAGGGUUAACGACCAAUGACAUAGAACAGCUUGACAAGGAGGGAGGUCAAGAGGUCAUCUAUUCCAUGUUUCUAAAUAAACAAGGCCGGGUUCUGUAUGAUGUUUUGUGCUACCAAUGGAGCAGAGAUGAGAGCGAUGAGAUACCAUCAUUUGUUUUAGAAUGUGAUAGUGCCAUCUCACAGGAAUUGCAAAAGCAUCUCAAAUUAUACAGGAUAAGAAAGAAGGUGGAUAUCACAUCCUUGGAUUCAGAGUACCAGGUUUGGUCCAUCUUUAGUCCAGGUACCACUCCUAGUCCAGGUUCUCAGUCUGGUCAGUCUCAUUUAUUCACUGACCCCAGGGUCAGAGGCUUAGGUCAGAGGGUCAUCAACUCCCGUGACGGCCAAGUCCCUGAUGUGGAAGAGGUUAGCGAAGAGCACUACAGGACCCAUCGUUAUCAGUGGGGCGUGGCUGAAGGGGUCGACGAGCUUCCACCGGGUGAAUGUCUCCCUCUUGAGUCCAACCUAGCUUACAUGAAUGGAGUGAGUUUCACAAAGGGCUGCUAUUUGGGCCAGGAACUGACUGCUAGGACACAUCAUACAGGUGUCAUUAGGAAAAGGAUUAUGCCAAUCCAGUUUACAGGGAAUGCAAUACCUACUAUCCCAGCUGGUACGAGCAUCAAGACCUCAGAGGGAAAGAAUGUGGGUAAAUUAAGAUGUCACCUACAUCAGAAUGGACUUGCCCUCUUGAGGACAGCUCUUAUAGGUAACAAACUCAAGAUCAGCACAGAAGAUAAAGGGGAAGCUGAGCUGGAAGCGAAGAGACCGUCGUGGUGGCCGGAGGACAUCAACAAAUGAAAGGACGGACGUACCUUACAGACUUUCAAGCAUUGGACGCGUAUAGGUUCUUCACCCAGUACCAGAUGUUGUUAAUCACGCAGAGUGGAAACAUGCAUCAGCAUCUUUGGAAUGGGAUGCAUAUACUGAUAGGGUCUUUAACCCUUGGCUUUCAUGUGAAUCAGACACCUACAUGUAUAUGGUCAUUACUGAAUAAGAGACUUGUUCACUGUAAAUCAUCCAGAGGCAAAUCAUGCAUCAGCUUUUGUGAGAACUGGACACCUUUAGGAUAUUUCCCUGGUUAGAGAAUGGAAUCAUGCAUUGACUUUUGCAGGAAUUGUACACGUAUAAAAUGUUAAUCCGGUAACAGAUGUUGUAAAUCUGCAGAGGGGAAACAGUCAUCACCUUGCAUGUGAAAUAGUCCCAAGAUACACAUGCGCCAGGUUUGAAGCCUCCCCCGACGCCGGCCUGAAGCCUACCAUUUAGUGCGUAUACACUUGCACCAGAAGUAGACUGAACCGCUUUGAGAUUCUUUAUCAGUGACGACUAUUUAAGUGACACGUGUGCCUAUCUUUUCCUGCCAGCAUUUCCUAUUAUUCGUCAGCAAUAACUAUUAUUCGCUACUAACCUAUUCUAGUUCAGUGGUCAAGGCCACUUUUAGGUGUACUCAGUCCGGUCCGGCAAUAAAAAAUUGUGAGGUGAUACCCAUACUUCGGGCCAGCUUCAGUCCACCUUCGACGUAUGUGUAUCUCCAGCCAUAUGUACUGUAGGUUCAUCACCAAGUAACGGAUGAUGUACCAUGAUCACCAAGUGUGAAAUUGAGUUUUAUUACCAAAAAAAAAUAAUGUUGUUGCUACACACACAUGCUCCUCUGUCUGAUAAUGCCCGCAGCUGGUAAAGGAAUGUCUGUCAUUUGAUCCGAUGGCCCGAAUUCACAAAGGUGGUUUUGAAAACUCACGGUUGAGUCCAUGUUUUAUGCAGAUUUCCUGUAUAAAUUACGCUUAAUUUAGCGCGUAUCGGAUGUGUGUAUAAAAAAUUUCCAAUGCUGAUGCGCGCUUUUGUCACAGCGCGCCAAAUUGACGCCUGUUACCAUGGUUAGAUACGCUAUUGAAAGGGUUCGCGCCGACGACCACACAACACGGACACGACUCACAAGGGCUGAGGUUUCAUUGGGUUCUUUUAUUUACCAAGGGAAAACAGCCUCUGUAUGAUAACAAAAUAUAAACAAACACAUGAUUAAUAUAAUUACCACACAUUACAUAAUAGCGGUAUGAAAAGUAGUACAGUUCUAAACAUAACAAAUACAGAUUUACAUUAUCAAUCAAGACAAUAAACUACAUUUUCUUCAGUGACUAUUAAAGACAAAGUAAAUCAAGAAGUAUAUCUCUUUCCUUCAUUAGAUAUAAAAUCGUAUCAACAAUAUGUUCGUAUUCAGAAAGUCACAAUAAAAUACAUAUGAUAUAAGUUGAACAACUCUCCCUAGACCAUGAACUCACCGGUCAGACACUAAUUCCGCAUUUUGCUUCGACAUCUUAAGUACAUGAAAGGAAGUCCUUGCAGAAGUCCUAUAACAUAGAAAUUGAUGAAUGUCACUAACAAAUAUACACAGCCAUGUUAAGCGAUACAUAACUAUGGUAACAUUAGAUUUACUAUUUGGUCUAUUGACACUGACUUUUUAUUCAUUUCUAUUAUUUAAAGCUGUGCAAUAAUUACACAAAUAAAUCAAAAUCAUCACAUCAAAAUGAAUAUUAUACAUGUAGCAAUUGGUAAUGCAAUAUAUAUAUAUAUCUAGAAUAUAAUAAUCAAAACUCAGGCACAUAACGGAUCACUAUCAGGUGAGCUUUCUGUCCAAUCAAAUUGAGUAAAUAUUAUAACAUGCAUUUAUACAUAUCACAGUAAUAGUAUAACAUAUCAAUGAAAUAAACAUUCAAUUUACUAAAAUAAGAAUAUAUAUAUAUAAAUCAACUUACUUCUAUACUUCAAAGUUAAACUUUCUUCUGUAGGGACAAGUCUCCUCCUCAACAACAAACAGUGGGAAUGCCCUUGCUACUGCCAGUGUGUCAUGAGUCACUGGACUCUCUCCCUAUCUAACAAUAAAAGUGCAAUGGUGCACAUCAAAGUACAAAAGCAUCCCUAAAGGGGGUACAUGAAUUGGCAUUACUGCUACUCCUAAAAAGGCGGGAAAGAAUUAGCCAAUGAGCAGAGAGGGAAAGAGUAAGUCAAAGUUGGUAGAAGUACAGAGAGGGAGAAAGAGUACUAAAGAUAAAGUUGGCAGAUAUAAUGUGAAAUAUAGAUUCAUUUUAUACAUUAUAUACUGAAAUGAAAUAAUAAAACAAAGUAUCCUUUUGACUAGAUUUUUUAAAGAAAUAUUAUACAAGAAAAAUCAAAUUUACAACACUAUUGUAUUCAUGAGUCCACUGUUUGAAGAGUGGACUUAUGAAUAAAAUAGCGUUGAUAACCACGGCAACAGGCGUCAAUUUGGCGCACUGACAAAAGCACGUAUCAGCAUUGGAUAUUUUUUAAUCUACGCGGUAAAAUAAGCGUAAUUUAUACAGGAAAUCUGCAUAAACCAUGGACUUAACCGUGGGUUAAGUAAUGUGAAAUAUUUUGCUGAAUAGUCGCCAGAUAUUUUCAUGGAUUUCAUAUUAUUUAAGGCCAUUUAAAUCAUUUCCAUGCCUAUUAUACACUUGCUAAAACCACUCAUUAUAAACUUCAAGUAUUUUAUUCAAAGAUAUAUUGGUUUUGUUGAAAGAGUUUUUGAAUAGAUAUGAAGCUAUCUAUUCAUAUUCCAUCUUGAUAUGAUUUUUUUUUUACAUUAGGCUCAUACACUCACAUUGUUAUCAGUUAUGUUAUUUAAUGAUUUUUUAGAUAGAAAGUCAGUUCAUAGACAUUUGCUUCUGUGGCAGUUGCACUUACAGGAACUCCACACAUUCAGGCAAACAUGAAUUCAAUAUAUUGUGGCUCACAUGUGGGGGUGACAACGAUUUGGUGAGAUUUGCUCAUAUGGGUUCAUAAGGUCAAAUGUCAGUGGCCCGUAUUCUAAUGUCGGGUUUAACUUAAACUCAGGAUUUAAGUUGUGGUUUAAGUAUGGAUAGCCAGUUGCUACAUAAAUCACUAACAGUAGAGAUAUCAUAUGCUCAUUUGGCUCUCAAAUCAUUCAUAAUUGUCUAGGAAGUAUAAAUAGAUGAUUGUCUUCACCAUCAAUGAAUUGGGAAAGAGCACAGUAAACAUAAGAUACAUACAACUUCAUAAAAAUUUUGACACAUUUGGCUUCCCAUAAUUUUAGCAGAUUUAGACCACGGUCUAAGUUAAACCUGACUAGGCCUCACUGAAAUGUUCUUGAUUAGAUUGGCAUCUUCCAGAUCUAGAUCCACUAUGAUAUUGUGGUAAUUAAAAUUCGUUUUACAGACUUCCUUGUAAAAGCAGUGCUCUUUCAUUUUCUUUGCCCGCAUACAUACCUAAUGGGAGUGACUACAAUCUGAUCAGGGGACUGUUUCACAAAAGACUUACAAAAUAAUGUGGUGACUUUCAAAUUACCAUGGAAAUCUUUAUUGUGAUUGGUUCCUGGGCAUUAUUAACAUGUUAUUUGUCAUAAUAAGUCACCAUAGCUGUAAUUAUUUAAAAGGUAAAUUGCCAAUUUGUCUAUUGCCAACUCCUCCACUCGUCACAUGGUCCACCUUCACUUAGUUUAAUGCCAUUCCGGUCAUCAACAUUUCGUCUAACAACCAUUUGGUCCAAACAUCACUUCGUCUAAUCACCAGUUCGUCUAUGACCAUUUCAUCUCAUAACUAGUUGGUCCAAAACCCUGUUUAAUUUUCUUUUAUUUUAACACUUUAGUAGUCCAAUUAGACCAAAUGGUAUAUGGACUAAAGGGCUAUUGGACCAACUGGUUAUUAGACAAAAUGGAUCGUGGGCGAACUGAUGGUAGACCAAAUGAUAGUAGACAAGUUGGUAAUUAGACGAAUUGGCAUUAGACCAAUUGAUAAUAAACCCUUUAUAUUUAUAAAAUGAAUAGUCAUUUUGUUUCACGACUGACAUUUUCAUGUGAGUAAUUGUUUUUUGUUAAUGUUACUAUCAACCAGUCAUAUUCAGAUUAGAUCUUUGAAAUAUAUAUGUCAUCACAUUUGGCUCAAUAUUCAGACAUUAAAUGAAAUUUUGAUUACAAUAUGCUGACUGUACAUAAGAUGAAUUAUAUAAUGAAUAAAAUGAACAUAACAGUAAAAUGCU